GGAGGGCUUCCUCUGUUUCUUUCUCCAAGCAGCUUCAGGUUCCUUGCCUGGGGGAAUAAAAGUGGGUUUGCUGGUGAAAAGGGGUGUCAGCAGCCAUGUUUGGACUUGGGGCAAGCCCCUUCUUCCCGGACACUGGGUCCUGGUGGCAUGAGCCUCCCUCUCUGGCCGCUGCGGAUACUCCCUGGGAUGUGGCCGAAAUCGCUGCCUGGCAGAAGCACCUGGAGGAAGAGACCGACCUGAGUCCUCUGGAGGGAGACAGCCUGGAGCUCCUGCAAGCGGAAGACCCCGAGCUGGAAGCUAUCAAGGCCAAGAUUCGAGAGAUGGAGAAGGAGGACGAGCAGCUGAAGAUGGAAGCAAAGAACCUCAUCAUGAGAUCAGAGGCAGGCCUUUCUCUACCCAGGACGGCUGAGGAAAAAGUCGAGGCUGACCAGCGCUCUAUCUACGUGGGAAAUGUGGACUAUGGGGGAACUGCAGAAGAGCUGGAGUCCCACUUCAAUGGCUGUGGGCAGAUCAACCGAGUCACCAUCCUUUGUGAUAAGUUCUCUGGCCAUCCUAAGGGGUAUGCGUACGUAGAGUUUGCCAACAAGAGCUCUGUGAAGGCAGCGGUGGAACUGGAUGAGAGCAUGUUCAGGGGCCGCGUCAUCAAGGUGUUGCCCAAAAGGACCAACAUGCCAGGGAUCAGCUCCACCGACCGUGGCGGUGUUUCCCGGGGCAGUUUCCAUGGCCGGGGGGGCCUGCCUCGCCGCGGCAGCUUCUCUGGAGGGCAGCGUUCGCGGCCGCGUGGAAGAGUGUACAGGGGCCGUGGAAGGCCAUCUCCUUGGUAUGCCCCCUACUAGGUGGAGGAACAAGAAGAUCCAAGAGAAGUUGCAGGACUGAACCCGAGAACAGGGAAGUUGUAAGAAUCCCCCCCCCCACAAGUGAAAAUUGCUUUCAUUCAUUGCCCCAUGAGUCACUGUGGUGCAAAUGAGGAGCGACUCUGUCACUGAUUUUUAACUCCAAGAAAAAUGAAGAGAUCUCUGCUCCUUUUGGAUAUAAGAAACAACCCUUCCAUAGACAUUUUCCUGGGAGCCAGAGUUGCAUUGGACCGGCUGGUGGAUGCAGAAAUGACUCUUCCAAUUAGAAAGCCUCUCCUCUCCCUGCUAGCAAAAAAAAAUUAUACUUUGGAGCGGUUUUGGAUUCUCUGGACAGGGGAUUGAAAUUGGGAAUAGAAAAGAGUUCCUCGAUGGCCCCAACCGGCUCUGUACUAGAUAUAGUGUGUGGCUGCAAGGAACGUCGGCUGUUGAGCUCCUUGGUGCAGCCAGUAAGCAAUUGAUUCUGCCCAGUAAGGAGGGUUUGGGAAGGCAGAAGUCAGACAGUGUUGCAUGUGUACGUUUUAAUUCCAAAGAUCUUGUUUUUCUUUUGUUGAAUGAUGCCCAAUCCCAUUCUUAGAGAUGUGAACAGUGGUACGUCAGAUGUGUAAAAGUCUGGCUUCGUCUCUUCCCAUUGCUCCUUUCCCCCCCUGGGGAAUCAAUGGGUUCUUUAACUGUAGGGUUAAAUUAAAAGCCAGAGUUCAUCACAGGUUAUGUGAGACUGCAUGAUUAUCAGGACUCCUUGACCAAAGCCUCACUUAAAAACUGAAACUGGAUUAACUGUGCAAUGCAGACUUGCUGUAAGAUUCUUCUCAGCCCUUCUCCUCUUCAGUGUUUCAAAAAUAUGAAAAAUAUGUGUAAUAUGAAAAAUGCAAGCCCCCUAAACCUUCACUUUGAAUGUUUGCAUCCCUUUAAUCCUGGAUGUGCAGAAACCUAUUGUGUGAAUCUGUUCUGAAGGGGUCGCUCUGAAAGUGGUCCAUUAGCAUGACAUUGUACUCUUUUGUCGUUCUCCCCCCCCCAUGCUUUUUUUUUCCUUUUUCCAUUGCUCAAACUGAUGGGUUUCAUCUUAACUUUUUAAUCUUGGUCACCUCCACAGUUUGGGAGGAGCUAUGAGGGCCACAGAAAUACGCUGAGCCAGCAGAACUGAAGUCCCCUUAACAGAUGAGGUGCUAUGCAGGGGGAAUUCUGUAUUUCUAACUCUGCUUUGCAUGCCUUUAUGUUCCUUUCCUAUCAUACUCCUUCCCCUUUUUAAACUAAUUUAAGAAAAGCUUACUUCAAGUUAACAAACAUAAAUGAGUUUUUAUUGUUCUCAUCUGCUGUAUCUGUUGUUUUCCUUUAAUCCAAAACAAGCCUGACUGAAAUGGGUUACGCUUUCUGUACCUUUAAAGGGAACUUGCCAGAUCGAAAUCAUAUCCUGAAAUCUGUUGGAUUAUGGCAUUUCUUCACCUUUUCUUGUGAACUGCACUUUCUCCAGAAUGGACUAGUCAAUUUCAUAUUUUGCUUAAGUCUUUUUCACAUUUGGUCAACUUGCAAUAGCCGAUGAACUUAUUUUUAAAAUUCUGUAAUCUCUCUAGUAUUCCUUUCCUCACGCUGUAAUUCUAGGAUAUAAGGGAUAUGGUGAUGAAUUCGUGUUACCUUUUCAGGAUGAAGAAUGACUUUUUAUUCAGGCAAGUGGCGGGGGUGUGUGUACUUUCUCUCUCCAAAUCAAGAAAGACACUACACAACCCACAGGGAAGUUUUCCUCUGCAUGUCCCAUGGAAAUGAGUUGGAACUUCGCAAGAAAAGGGUUCUCUUGAUUUCAACAGGGCUUGCGUUGAAGAAUUUCCCUGGGGACCAUGCCCAAAAUGAGUGAGAAAUUGGUUAAGGUUGAAAUGAGCAGAGUCGAGAGUUUCUGUGUCUGUACUGCAGCUGUGCGCUUUUUGAACAGAUGCAGCUUGUAAUACAGUUGUUGAAGAUGGAUGUGUUUUUACAAAAUAAAUGAUCCUACUGCUUAAACUAAA